AUGACCCAUUGGAGGGUCUUCAUCUUCAUCUUUUUUAUCCACCUUGUUCACCCUUGUCCACAAGCUGUGCUCACUCUCUGCCGCUGUGAAGAUCUUCACAAUGGAGUAUCCCUUGAUUGCUCGAAAUCAGAUGCUUUCAACGUUGUACAGAUUCUGCGAGCCAACCAAGCCCAUUUGGGACUGAUUCAAAGCCUCAACUUGCAAGAAGCAAAUCUCCGCUUGAUCCCCGCUUCUUUCUUUGAUGGUCUCUACAUUAAACGCCUUGAUUUAUCCCACAACAAUAUUGAGUCAUUCGACAAAAAUGCUUUCGCCGGCGUGAAACCGAUCAUGCAGGAUCUCUUUGUCCAUCACAACAACUUGUCCACAGUUCCCGUCUCGGCUCUACAAUCGUUGAAAACCCUCUUGAGACUCGAUCUUUCGAAUAACUCUAUUGUCGAUUUGGGUGCUGAAAGCGCUCUCCCAGCUUUGCCAAAACUAAUGGAGUUGAAUCUUGGCUCAAAUCGAAUCAUGUCCAUUCACAAGACGACUUUUGAAAACAUCAAGAACUCAGUUCAAUCGAUAAAUCUUGGGCACAAUAAUUUGACCACAGUACCAGCUUCCGCUAUCCGAGGCUUCAAACUUCUCCAAGCUCUUCACAUCCAUCACAAUCACAUCACAGCUUUGGAUAACUUGGUCUUCAUGAACCUACCCGUGCUCAAUCUUUUGAAUCUAGCUAGCAAUAACAUUUCAGAGAUUAGACCACAAGCUUUUCUCAAUGUACCAAAUCUACGAUAUCUCUACUUAACAGACAAUCAAAUUAUUAACGUUGAUUCACAACAAUUUGCUGCUUUUGAUCACUUGGAAAUGCUUGAUAUGACGAAUAAUCAUAUUGAGAAAAUCUCAAGAAACUCAUUUUCUAAUUUGCCAGAAUUGAGACAACUUUACUUGGGAUCAAAUCGAAUUGAAGAGAUUGAACAAGAUGCUUUUGCUAAUAGCUCAAUUGCCAUUCUGAUUCUGGCAAAUAACAAACUAACGAAAAUCAAUGCUGGACAGUUUCGCUUUCUACCAAACAUCCAACAAAUCUCUUUCAAGAACAAUCAAAUCUCAAGCAUUAAUCCAAACGCUUUCUUUGAGAUUCCUAGCUUGGUGAUGAUUGAUUUAAGUCAGAAUUCUCUCACUGAAUUGCCAGUUUCUGUCUUUGAAUCUCAAUUGGGUCUAUUGUUGAUUGAUUUAAGCAAAAAUCAAAUCAUUCGAACGCCUUAUUCAGCUUUCAAUCGACGAGUGGGCACUGUUUUGUUGCAAGAGAAUCCACUCGUUUGCACUGAGAAAGUUCAUAUGAUCCAAGACGGCGUUGGGGUUUAUGUCUCAGAUUCAGAAGAUUUGGUUUGUGGUGGAACACCGAAAGCACCACACAAAAUCAUUAUCUCAUCAACGCAAAAACCAAAAGAAUCGGAACAAAGCUCAUUCCUGCAAGAGACAAAGAUCUCUCUAAAAUCAGCCUCCAAUCCUUCCAUUGAACCCGCUGAGGAGGUUCAAGAACGCUCAAGAUCCGAUUUCAGAAAUAACAAUCAGAUUCGAAAGCAUCCAAUCAGUGCUCAUCCAAUUCCAACGCAUGAAAAUGUCCCUAACAGGCCAAUGAACAGCUUGAACAUGAUGCCACCAAUGUUGGUGAAUGGUGUGGAAAGAAAUACUCAAAGGAAUCACGUUCAUGAAGAGAUUGAUGAACCGAUGGAGGAGCCGAAAGAAGAGGAAGGACAAAGAGAAGAAUUGCCAGCACAGACACAUCAAUAUCAUAGCACUGAUGCGAGUCAGCAAGAGCCGGAAAGGGCAGAGGAGCCAGAGCAGCCCAUUCGAACUACUCCUGUACCCAAACUGCCAAGAAGAUACACCGAUAUUGCUGACAAUCCAAAUAUCAUUCAUCCAUUCCCCGUACCGUUCUUAAAACGAGGCCCAAAUAUGUCAAAGUCUUCUCGAGUCACUUUUGAUCACGAAAAUAAGACAAUGAUUGUAACAGGAGAUGAUAUGAAUAGAACAAUCAUCGCUAUUCCAACUCUCCCACCAUCAAUCAUUUUACAUAGAAGAAUCCCUAAUAAUCCGGAAAUCAAUCAGAAUAAAGUUGAGGAUAAGAGAAUCGAGCAAUUCCCAUUAGCGCCAGUGAUGAGCAAAGAGGUUUCAACCGAGCAUCCGUAUGAAUUAGAGGGAUCAGAAAAAGGUUCUUGGAGUCGUCUAACUUCUCCAACAACGAUCAUCACAAUUUGUCUCUCUGUUGUGGCUCUUGUGAUGGUAACUGUUUUUGUUGGACUUUGCAUUGCAAAGCAUCGAAAUAUUCAAAGAUUGGAAUCUUCUUGCAGCAACAGUACAACUCAAAGAACGAAUGCUUAUGUAGCUGAGCAAGCUCAUAUGAACAUGAUCUACGGGGGAACGACGGAGAGACGAAGAUCCAUCGAACACUCCCAACCAUGGAUCUACACUCCCGGUCCAGCCUAUCAGCACUAUUACAAA